AUAAAGACAUGUGUCUUCAUAUCUGGCAUCUCUGCUUAGAACAAAACAAUACGUUGGCCACAGUUGAUCUAGAAAAAUCAGUAAAAUGAACUGAUAGACAGCCUUUUGGAAGGCAUACUUAUGUUAUUUUUCUGAACAUCGUAUUGGUCCACAGCAGAAAUGGAUAGAUAUUGCAGGAUUUGUAUGCGAACCAACGCAAUGGAAAUGAUAUCGUUGUACUGCGAACUGAAAGGCGAGGUUAUCGCCAAUAUGAUGAUUGAUUGUGCGGAUGUUACGGUUGCACAUGACGACAACCUACCGGGAAAUGUGUGUCUUGAAUGCCUACAGCGUUUGGAGGAAUUCUUCAUGUUUCGAAAUAUGAUUAGAAAAUCGGAUGCGUCCCUGCGAGAAAUAGCGAGAAACCCCACCAAGCAGACCUCAACGCCGAACACGACUCGAACUAUCAGCUACCCGACGGAGGACCAAAUUGAAAGUUUGGAGGUGUUCGAUACGUUUCAAGUUAUUCGCCUGAAAGGCUUACGGUGCUGUGGUUGUGAUUUAAUUUUCGCUUCGAAAAGCCAACAAACUGAACACAGUUUGCAGCAACAUUUCCAAGAAGUAGCAACGAACAGCGGGGAUUCGGUUGUAUUUCAAUGUUCCAGAUGCUAUGAGUCGUUCCCAAAUAGAAUAAAACUACUCAACCACACCAAGAGCUACGAGUCGAACGAGAUCUAUCAUUGUACGAUUUGUAAUGUUUUGUUCGACAUUAAGUAUCGUCUACAACAGCACCAGAACAUGAGCAAAGCUCACCGCAAACAGUCCGAAGUAAUGACCGUGGAAUAUUUGGAAGAAACUCCUAGCGUUGUUUUGCUCGAGAAAAAACGUCCCCAAUCGCGUAAGCGAGUGACCAGAACGCUCACAUACCCGGAUGAAAGAUUCAUUCUUUGCAUUGAUGACACGCCCGAGUACGAAAUAAUCCAUAUGGGUGGCGAAAGAUGCUGUGGAUGUGAUCUCAGUUUUAUGACAUUCCAAGAACUGCAGGAACACUGCAACCAAACGCAUUCGAGAAAGAACGUAAAUGCUCUACACGAAUGUGAUUUGUGCUACGAAAAUUUUGAACUAGCACAAUCUCUCAAUCGGCACAAAACUGCGAGAGUACAAAAAGAAGUUUAUUACUGCAAGUUCUGCGAUUUGGUUAUCGAUGUAAAGUAUCGUUUUGAGCAACAUUUGAAAUCAAAUGUUACACACCAGACUGCUGUUCGGAAAGCGGGUAUUGAACCGACAUUCACCAUGGAAGACAAAUCUCCUAGCGAUGCACGAUCACUGGAAUCGCUUAUCGAAGUUUUGGAAGUUGAAGGUGUGCGGUGCUGUGGCUGUAAUUUUGUUUGUACCAGUAGGGCUGAGCUGGAGAAUCACUCCGAGCAGAAACAUAGCUUAGCGCGCGUCGUGGACAAAGAUGAAAAUAUGUUUGAGUGCAACAUUUGCUUCAAACGGUUCACCAAGUCUGGCCUUCUAACGUACCAUAAGAAUCUCUCCUUUCAGAAAACGGUGUAUAAGUGUAAAAGGUGUGACUUGCAAUCUGCGAUAAAACAUCGAAUGUUGCAGCAUGUUGGAAGUAGUGCACAUCAAGGCGCGGAUCUAGAAGAAAAAUUAGAAAUGAGACAGUUUUCUUGUUGUUUUGUGCGCUGUACGUUUACCUCCGAGGAUCCAAAUGAUCUGCUUGACCACGUAGAGGAUAAUCACACAUCUAAGCGAAAAGAGAAUGCUGAGGAACGAGAAUCAGAAAAUUUUGUGUGCAGUGUGUGCCACAAAUGCUUCCGAAAUGAGAAAUCUCUUCAAUUACAUCAAUUCCCUAGAAGAAAUGACGGUAAACAUUGUUGUACGGAAUGUGGUGCCAGCUUCCUCUAUUUAUCAUCUCUUAAUGCACAUGAAAAAAUUCAUUCCGGAGUGCGAGAGUUUCAGUGUGAUCUGUGCGAUAGAGCAUUCUUUGAUGAACGAACUUUGCGAAUUCAUAAAGUGUGUCACAAUGAAGAGCGUCCUUUUGUGUGUGAUGUCUGUUCUAAGUCAUUCCUGAGAAAGGGCAACUUAAAGGUUCACAAACGCUGCCAUGCCGAGAGUAUCUGGGAAUGUGUACACUGCAGGUGUAAGUUCAAAACAAAACAAUCCCUUGAUCUGCACAUUCGGUGUCACACGGGGGAAAAGCCUUUCCAGUGCCGAUUCUGCGAGAAACGAUAUAGCCACUCUACGGAUCGCCAACGUCAUGAAAUGGCCGCCCAUACGAAAAUACGGCCACACAAAUGUACCUACUGUCCGGCAGCAUUCAUCCGGAAACGCCAACUCAUUCUUCACGAACGCACUCAUACGGGUGACAGACCGUAUGUUUGUGAAAUCUGCGACAAACGGUUCGUCCAGAUGAGCUAUCUGAAAAAGCAUCUCAAUACACACGGGAUGUUGGAUAGAAGUGAGAAUACCGCCUAUCAUGAAGGUGACUACGUGGUGGAAAUGCUAAACGAUGAGGGCGAUGAAAACGAAGAAAGCUACUGUCUGGUGGACGUUGAAGAUGAUGAAAUGACGAUAGAAAGGUUCGAAGAUGAGGAAACUUGUCUGCAGACGUGAAGUUGGGAUAUGUUUCGAAAAUGUUUGAUUUAGGAAAUACAGGUUUUUUUUGAAUAUCGGGCCCUAUUAUGUAAAUCGAAUCGAGUGUUCUAUCCCUAUUACUAUCACACCGAGCAAAAUUUCGUAUAACGUUAAUAAAAAAAAAUUGAUCGAAUCGUUACUCUCGCUCAAACGACAUGUGUUGUACACAUUCUGAAGCGGAUCCAAAAUGUUUCCCGAGGCAAACUAAUGGGAUGCAAAUCAAACUUGAAAAACUAUAACAGAUGCACUGAUAGUUUUGACUCGCAAUAUAGAGCUAACUAGUAAAAUUCUAUUCAUCGAGGUAGUUUUAUUAAAAGUUUUAGGGAAAAGAAAUCCAUUAUUUUUGUUUUGUACCGCGGAACCCUAAAGGGUCCCUUACACUAUAAAUAAUAAUCAAAUAAUUUCAAAUAAUCAUUACUGUAAUAGAGCAGGAACACUAUCAUUCGAGGUGUCUAGGAUAAUGUGCGACAUCUUGUGUCAAAAUCUAUGUUUGUGACCCAAUUUACUCUCUAUCAGAUUAGUGGGCCCAAAGCAAUUUAAAAUUCUUAAAAUUUUAAUGAAUGGUAUUA